AUGGACUGGGAGUCCUCAUAUGAGCUGGAAUUGGAGAAUUUCCUAGACCAUGGAGAUAUGGGUGAAAUCUGGUUUGGGGAGAAUGUUAUGAGACAGACAGUCAAGUGGGUUAAAGAGAAAUGCUGUGCAAAUGAGGCAAUACUUGAUAUUGGAUGUGGAAAUGCAGCUCUCCUUCUUGCUCUUCAAAAGGAAGGGUUUGAUAACUUGACAGGAUGUGACUAUAGUGAGAAAGGUAUUGACUUGGCAUCAGUUAUAGUGGCACAGGAACAGAUUCCCUCCAGGAAUCCUAUAUCAUUGCAUACAUGUGACAUUCUGGAAGAAAGAGAGAUUGAGCAGCUUGGUCAAGGGAAGUUUGGCUUGAUCCUUGAUAAGGGGACUUAUGAUGCCAUCCGUCUCUCACCACAAGACUCUGAGGGUAAAGGGGAGACCUAUGUGAAACAUGUGGCCUUUCUGAACCGUCCUGGUGGCCUUUUCCUCAUUACAUCAUAUUUCCAGCUGUUAGAUCAGAUUCCUUAUCCCCAGAUCUCAUUUGUAACCCCUCAUUGUGCCAAAAUUGCAUUUUCAACACCAUGCACAAAUAGCUGCAUGAUAGAAGGUGUGGAGGCAGAGGAGAUGGGAAGUUGCAUCCAAGGCAUUCUCCUCCCUGAGGUGGUGAGCCUUUUAGGCCGUCAGGGAAAACAGUGUGUGAUGAGGAUCCAAUCAAGUCAGGUUCAUCUGAUCAUGCUGGAGAGUGGAGCUGUAGGAGGAGUCCUCGUUUGGGCUGAACUUGAUGCCAACAACUUCUUCUCUGAAUACAACAUGGAUGGUGUCACUCCUGAGCAUAAUGAGAUCCUCCUUGAAUUUGAGACUGGUUUGUUCCUCCCAUUUCCAAUAGUAAGUGAUGGCUGCAAAAUUGAUGCAAGACAAGAGGGUAAGCUGGCCAAGACACUAUCAUCCUUCAAGAGUUCUCAGAAUGCCAAAUCAGUGAAGCUGAAGCUGACCAAGAAGCAUUCCCCCUGCCUCACCCUUGAGAUUGAAUUGGCUUCAGCACUGUCCUUAUCAAGGAUCUGUGUUCAUGACAUUCCCGUUGGAGUGUUACCUCGAAGACUCUGGUCUGACUACAGUGGACCUCCUGACCUCCCUGUCUUUGAUGCAAGUGUGAGCAUCCCUUCCUUGAAGCCAGUGAGGAGCAUCCUGGAUCGGAUGAAGAACCUGAGUCAACAUCUGAUUGUGUCAGGGAACAGUAUUGGGAAUCUUUGUUUCCGAGUGGAAACAAACCUCGUCUCUGUCAAGACUGUCUUUACUUAUGGAUCCCUUCCACAAUGGGAAAGAGUGAAAGUUGAGAAGAGGGAUGGAGAAGAGCAGGAGGUUUUUCAUGGGGCUCGUAUUGACAUCAAGAAGCUGAACCACUUUGUCUGCUCAGAAAAUAUUAACUUCUGUGAAGCUGUCUGCAGUAUUGUGGAGAAUCAGUUGGUGCACCUGGCCCUCCUCACUGACUCCAUGAUCAUCCAGUGUCAUAUCCCUGCCAUGUCCAUUUAACCCAACCCAACAUAACAGUUGCAUCUCUGCAAUGGCCAUCAAACUCAGUCUUAUAGUGUCAGUGUCACAUCCCUCCCAUGACCAUUAGCUUUGACCUAGCACUGCCAUGACUUUCAUGUUUUUAUUUUUUCCUUGAUUUGAUCCUAUUCAGUUGCUGACCUUUUGAAAAUAUGUAAUGGAACCUAUUUUGCUUCUUUGUUUAUUCUCACUUCCUCUAAAUUACUACUAGAUUCAAUUUGAUUUUGCCUUUUAGGUUGAUUAAUGUGUGAAUGCCCCAAAAAGUUUCAGAAUCUGUAAUAAGUUGAGUGGUGAAGUCUGAUCUGGAAGAUUGGGUAU